UUCAUUCAAAUUUCCCGCCUUUUUAUGACAACGUAAAAACAGUGGAAAGCUCAAUAAAAACGUCAGAAACGGAACCCGAGGUGAGAAUCAACCUAUGUAUGACGUUAACAAACCCGCCACCAGUUAUCGUAACAAUUGACGAUUGCCCAGGGUACCCGUGCAAACAACUGCCAUAUCAAUGGUGCCGUGACCGGGUGACACUUCCCAAUUCACUCAAAUAAAUUCCAAGUCAUGAUACACACGUAGUAAUUCGUCCCGGAAAAAUGUUUCACGUGUCCCGCUUCGCCCUACGGUCAUGUACCGGCAAAAGGUAUGUCAGCGUUUUCGCGCCGGAGAUGGUCCUCAGCGAGGACAAUGUCAAGAAAACAAUGGCCCAAUUUCAAACCAUCAGACCCAUUAAACAGUGUCAAGCGACGGCUAGGAAGGCCGCUGUUUUGGUUCCGAUUUGCGUCAUGGACGGAAAGGUGUCGCUAUUGUACACACUCAGAGCGGCCGGUUUAAAAUCGCAUAGGGGACAAGUCAGUUUUCCUGGGGGUAUGCAAGAUGAACUAGACCCAACUUUAGAAUACACCGCACUUAGGGAAUGCCAAGAAGAAUUGGGAAUCGAUCCUAGCUUCGUGAAGAUUUGGGGUCCAGGUAACACGCUCAUAUCCAGGCACGAAACAUCAGUUAUGCCUGUUGUUGGUGAAAUAAAAGGUAAACUGGAUUUGAGCAGGCUACGCGUGAAUCCUAAGGAAGUUGAAGAAGUAUUCUGCGUAUCACUAGAGGACCUGUGCAAUCCGAAGCUAAUCCGACAUACGCAAUUUAGGGGGGCUUUUUCAGCCCCCGUGUUUUUGGGCGGGCAAAGAAGGAUAUGGGGCUUGACCGGUAUUAUCACAAACGUGUUUUUGCAAUGUCUUUUGCCAAGAGAGGUGUACAAACAUAAGGUCAACUAUGUUCCCAAUGUUAGCAUCAAAUCAAAAAAUUAUGGCAAACAUAUCUAGGCAAUUUUAUCAACAUUUCAACUUACUAAACCGGGUAUUGAUGUUUUGUCAAAUCUAGUACAAUUAUUGUGGUGUAGGCUCUCUUAUGUAUAUUAAUUAAAAUAAGAUAUGAACAAAUUUAGCUUCAUUAUAACUGUUUACCUGAAAUACGUACCAAUUUUAAAUCCCAAAGAUUUUAAUUAUCAUUGUAUAUUUUUACAAUAUUUUUGACCAAUUGUACAUAUUUUGCGGAUAUAUGGAGUGAAUUUGUAAAAAAAUAAUAAAAUUUUGACAAUAAUUAACGUGUU